ACUCAUCUCGGUCACUGCCUGCUCAGCACUACAUGUUUGGCCCACGAAGCAGAAAUGAGAGGGAAGGCAGCAAAGGGUCCUGUGCUGGUCCAGCCACAGGCUGCUGACUCAGGGUGGGCAGGGGCAGACCAGCCUGACCUUGGCUUCAGGGAGUGCCACCUCUGCCCAUUGGCCCAGCAUUUAAUGAGCCAUGUUCCAGCCUGGAUAAAAGCUGCACCUGUAUGGGGCUCUCCCAAACACUGCUCUGAUGACCUCCUUCUUGAGAACAGGAGCUCCAUCCCAUCCCACCAAGAUGUCUUGCUACGACCUGUGCCCACCAAAAACCAGCGUGGCCGUGCCCCAGCCCAUCGCCGAGAGCUGCAACGAGCUGUGCGCGCGCCAGUGCCCCGACUCAACGGCCUUCAUCCAGCCACCGCCCGUCGUCGUCACCUUCCCCGGCCCCAUCCUCAGCUCCUUCCCCCAGCAAGCCGUGGUGGGCUCCUCCGGAGCACCCGCCUUUGGGGGUUCCCUGGGGCUGGGGGGCCUCUAUGGCGCUGGGGCCACUCAGGGCUCGGGGGGGCUCUGCACCUUUGGCAGACCCUACGUGUCUCCUGCCUGCAGCCCCUGCCCCUUGCCCCGCUACAGCAGGAAGCUGUGGGACACCUGCGGGCCCUGCUAAACACAGGCCCUGCCCCAUGCCUGCACGAACAGUACCCCUCAUGCCUGAGCUCCUGGGCGCAGGGCGCUGAGGAGUGCUGAGCAUCUCCACCUAUGGCUGAGACCUGUGCAGCUGGCAGUGGUGGCACCUUCACAGUCCCUGUCUUCUUAGUUGCUUCACAUACUCCAUGGCCAGGAUUCCCUGCCCAGGCUCAUAUUUGCUCUCUUUUCCCAUUCUGCCCUGAUGUGAACAAUAAAGUUUUCCUGCAUCCA